AGUGUUUGUUUGGUGUUACAACAGGAAACGGGACCCGCAGUCGAACCGGUCUGUAUGUUGAUAUUGAAUGAAACGAAGGUUUCCUAAAGAUUAUUCGGUGGCUACUUAAAAAUAAUCCAUUUACAAUUAUUAUUCCUAUUAGGAAGGAAAUUAUCGUAUUUAUGAUACGAAAGCGUUACCGAUAGUUAAGUGGCGUUAAUUAGUUUUAGGUUAAUCCAUAGCAAUGUUUUCGUUCAGUGAAAUCGAAGAAAGACUCGUGAACUCUAAACAGGAGCAUCUUCUGCAGCACUGGGGGAAACUUACAUCAGAAGAACGUGAGUGCUUCCUUCAGCAGUUGAGCGCAAUAGAUUUUGAAUAUAUGAAUGAGAUUUUUUGGAAUGCUACAAAUUUCCGUCAUGAAACCCCCAAAAAACUUGAUACCCGAAUGUCUCCCAUCCCUUCCGCAAGGUACGAAGUUGCAGACCGAGUAUCUCGAGCAGUCCUCGCAGAAUAUAGAACUAUAGGAUUGAAAGAGAUUUCGGAAGAUCAUGUUGCAGUAAUUCUUCUAGCUGGCGGUCAAGGCACAAGACUGGGAGUUACCUACCCGAAAGGCAUGUUUCCCAUCGACAUCCCUUCAGGAAAAACCCUCUUCCAACUACAAGCAGAACGGAUAAGGAGGGUCAUUGAACUUGCCGAAGAGGAGACCGGUAGGCAGGGCAAAAUUUGCUGGUAUAUAAUGACAAGUGCAGCUACUCAUGAGAGCACAGCAAAUUACCUUGAAAAACACGAAUAUUUCGGGAUUCAUAAGGAAGAUGUCGUCCUUUUUCAACAAGCAUCGUUGCCCUGUUUUACCUUCAGUGGAAAAAUUAUUUUGGAGAAAAAGGAUUCUAUUGCACUGGCGCCUGAUGGGAAUGGUGGAAUUUACGAGGCUAUGCAAAAACAUAAAAUUGUUGCCGAUAUGCAGAGAAGGGGAGUUAAGUAUGUCCAUGUGUACAGUGUGGAUAAUAUCUUGGUGAAAGUUGCAGAUCCAGAAUUUAUAGGGUAUUGUGUGAAAAAAGAAGCAGACUGUGGCGUCAAAGUCAUUCCCAAAAGAAUCCCCAACGAGCCUGUAGGAGUAGUGUGUGAAGUUGAUGGAGUCUUUCAAGUAGUAGAAUAUAGCGAAAUAAGUGAAGUGACUGCUAGUCAACGAAACAGAUUAGGAGAAUUGGUUUUUAAUGCCGGAAACAUAUGCAAUCACCUUUUCACAACCGAUUUCCUUGAGAAUAUGUCAGAGGUUAAUGCUGAUGAACUUGAUUUGCACGUUGCGCAAAAGAAAAUCCCCUUCAUCGGAGAUAAUUUGGAAAUCAUUCGGCCAACAGAUCCUAACGGUAUCAAAAUAGAAAAAUUCAUUUUCGAUGCUUUUAAAUUCUCCUUAAAUUUCGUAGUAUGGGAAGUGCCGAGAUGUACAGAUUUUAGUCCUUUAAAAAACUGUGAUAAUACUUCUAGAGACUGUCCUGCUACUUGCAGGAGAGACCUACUCAAACUACAUAAGAGAUACGUUCAAAGAGCUGGAGGCGUAGUUGUGUGUGACGAACUGGAAAUUUCACCGCUGUUAUCAUAUGCAGGUGAAAAUUUAGAAGAAAUAGUUCGUGGAAAACAAUUCUUUUCCAAGACCCUAUUAGUUUCCAAAUCCGAACAAUCAAACAAUGAGUCUUGAGUUUAUGGCAUUCCAUUAUAAAUACCAAUUAGGCCAAUCAGUUUAGAUUUCAAUAUAAAAAAUAGGCAUUGAAUGAAUUUUUUGCAAACCGUAGAAGCAAUCAUGAUCAUUCAGUAAAUUUGCAAAUAUAUAAAAAGGUAUUAGUAUCAGGAAAAUAUAUGAAGUUAAUAUUUCUAGCAAUGUAUUGUCUCUGAGGUGAAAUUUUUCUAUUUACUCUAUUUGUGUUUUUUUUUCAAAAUACAUUUCUAAAAAAUUAUAAA